AUGUUCCAGAGCGGAAUGCAAGAAUCGCAGCAGAAUCUUAUCACUAUCAAAGACAUCCGACCGGAGGUAGUUCAGGAAGUUCUUCGAUUCAUCUACACGGACGAAAAAUUGACGGACGAGCGGAAAUCGAUCGCCGCCCCUCCGAGGGUUUCGGCCAUCAACAUCAAGGCGCGCGGAGGAACGAGCGCCGGAAGUCCCGCCAGUGGCAUUCCGGCCAGCAAAAUCGCUGCACGCGGGGAAACGAGCGCCGCCAUUCCCACGAGCUCUCCGGUCAGCAAUAUCAAGGCGCGCGGAGGAACGAGCGCCGACAAUCCCGCCAGUGGCAUUCCGGCCAGCAAGGCAUCGUCGAAGCAGCCUGGAUCUCUCAAGAAAUCGACGGACGAGCGGAAAUCGAUCGCCGCCCCUCCGAGGGUUUCGGCCAUCAACAUCAAGGCGCGCGGAGGAACGAGCGCCGGAAAUUCCGCCAGUGGCAUUCCGGCCAGCAAAAUCGCUGCACGCGGGGAAACGAGUGCCGCCAUUCCCACGAGCUCUCCGGUCAGCAAUAUCAAGGCGCGCGGAGGAACGAGCGCCAACCAGCCAAACAGCAACGCUUUAUCUUAUCACCAUGGAUCUGGGAGAAAAAGAAAAUCUUCAUACACGGGGGAGCCGAACUACGUAACGGCGCGCGGGGGAACAAGCGUCGGACAUUCCUCAAGUAUCAUCAUGGCCGGCAACGUCUUCGUGCCCGGGGGAGUGAGCUAUCCCACCCACGAAAUCCCCACGAAAAAACCACCCAUCAAAUUCUACGGCAUCAACGUCAUCCCUAACGACAGAAUCGCGGUGUGCGGGGGAACGAGCGCUGGGACCAUCACGGCGCAGGAGGAAACGAGUGUAUCGCCAGAAUUGAUGUUCGUCACCAUCCCGGGCGGACAACGCGUCAGCUACGCCUUCCCCCGGAACGAAAGCAACACUGCCAGCUAAACUGCCGUUCUACGCAUAGUUGUCUCAUGUAAUUUUUGAUCGAUUUUGGCUUUUUUGUUAUUUUUAUGUCUAGUUUGACGUUUACUUUUCGAAAAACACAUAAAAUCUAGUACUCUGUUCGGAAACUCAUUGAAAACAACACAUUUUUGAUCGAUUUUGGCUUUUUUUUUUGUUAUUUUUAGGUUAAGCUUUACGUU